AUGAUUAGAUGUCUUUCAACAGAAUAGAUGCAUUUUUUGAUUAACUUCUUUUUAUUCCUUGUCCACCUGUUUCUCACAAAAGUGUUAAUAAUAGUCCAAAAUUACUUUAAGUAAUAUUCCCUUCAAUAGAAAACUUUGCUAAUUAAUUAAUUCAAGAAGUGGAAUCUAUUUUAACCAUUCAUAGCAAAUUCUAAUAAAAUCAAUGAUAGUUAACUUAAAUUGAGUAAUAAAAUACAAAUAAAAAAGAUAAUAACGAAUAAUUAUUCACUUAUAUUCUAAUAUAAAAUCAUUCAAUUCAAUAAAGUGAAUAAUGUUAUGUAAUUGCUAUUAAUUAUAAUAAUUCAAUAGUAUUAGCUGUGUGUAAUAGUAAGAUCAAAGUCUUUGAAUUUAAAUAAGAAUAGUUGUAACUAAUUCAACUUCUUAGUGAACAUACAUAUGAUGUUGCUACUUUAAUUUCAUGAAGAAUUCAGCUCAUUUUUAUAUCUGGCAGUUAUUUAUAGAUUAUAAUAUGGUCUAUAGAUUAACAAAAUUUAUGGAUCUGCUCAUAGAAAUUGGUUGAACAUUCUAAUUACAUUAAUUGUUUAAUUUUGAAUCAUAAUGAAGAUCUUAUCAUCUCAGGAAGUAGAGAUCACAAAAUAAAAUUUUUGGGUUAAACAGAAUCAAUGGACAUGUUAGUAACUAUUAUAGAUCAUUAAAAUUAUGUAAUAGGAUUAAGUUUGAAUGAGAAAUAGAAUAGAGUGAUAUCUUGUGGAUAGACUUAUUUAUAUUAAUAAUAGAAGAAUCAUAAUAGAAUUAAAAAUGGAAUGCUAUAUAAAAGAUAGCAGUUGAGCAGAAUGGAUUUAGAAUAUGCUUCAUCAAUGAUAAUUUAUUCACAUUCCAACUAUAUAAUCAAGAGUAUAUGCAUGUUUAUGAGAUGAAUAGAACUAAUAAAAUUACUCAAAGAUAAAAUAAAUUGCUGUGAAAAGUGAUUUUAAUGAUUGUUGCUAUUUUUUUGCGUAAUAAUAUGUUAAAUCGAAAUGCCUAUUAGUGAACAAAAAUGGAAAAACUGUUAAUUUGCUAAGGAUAAACUAAAAUGGGGAUUUUAUCACAUAAUAAUCCAUUCAAUUUGGAGAUUAAUAUAUAUUCGGAUAGAUGAGCGAAAACGGAAAAUAACUGAUGACUUGGGAUUCUAAUUCUAAGGAAAUUUAAAUUAGAAAAUAUUAGCAAUUAUGA